CUCUCAGCAUUUCCGUGUAGUGGAGCUGUCAGCAGUCUGAGGCGGAACACCACACACGGUAAGUUUCUGUCUAAACUCUUAGUACCGGUACCGGAUCCUCUUGUUUACCUCUGUCCGGGUCCCCGGCUCCUCUCAGCGGCUCUCCGCAGCAGCUGCAGCCGCUCUCAGGAGCUCAGAGUCCGGCGGAGAGCGCCGAGGAUCACCGGCGGGUCUGAGCUGUUUGUUGUUUCCUGAUUGAACCUGCGUCAAUUCACACAGAAAAGAACCAAAGAAGAAUAAGAUGAAGAACAAAGUCAGCAGCACUCAAGUGAGUGUAAAGCGAUGGUCCUGGUCCUGGCAGCAGUACCUGAAUGAACAGAAAGCUGAAGCUGCUCCACUGACACUCUUUACACAGUCUCAGUCCUUUCCCAGUAGGAGAACUGCUUUUAAAGUUGGGAUGAAGCUGGAAGGCGUCGACCCACUGCACCCCUCCAUGUUCUGUGUGCUGACGGUUGCCGAGGUGAUCGGAUAUCGGCUGCGUCUCCAUAUUGAUGGCUACUCAGAGUGCUAUGACUUCUGGGUAAACGCUGACUCAGCAGACAUCAGACCGGCAGGCUGGUGUAGAGACCACAACCACAAGCUCCACCCACCUAAAGGUCAAAGUGAGACACAGUUUGAAUGGCAGCUCUACCUUCAGUCCACAGGCUCUCAUGCGGCGCCUCCAUCCCUGUUCACCUGUCGCACUACAGGCUGUGGAUUCAGGCUGGGGAUGAAGAUGGAGGCUGUCGACAAGAAGAACCCCGGACUUGUCUGCGUCGCCUCCGUCGCCGAUGUCAUCGAAGAUCAUUUCCUUGUUCACUUUGACAACUGGGACGACACGUACGACUACUGGUGUGACAGCAGCAGUCCGUACAUCCAUCCUGUCGGCUGGUGUGAAGAACAGGGACGACCUCUGACCGCCCCCCAGGGUCAUCCAAACCCAGAGAACUUCCUGUGGGAAGAAUACCUGCAGGAAACCGGUUCCACUGCUGCUCCCAGUUCAGCCUUCACACUGGUGAGGAAACAAGGAGGUAGAAGAGGAGAGGAGGAGAGAGCUCCACAUGGUUUCCAGGUGAACCACAGGCUGGAGGCUGUCGACAGGAGGAACCCUAUGUUGAUCCGCGUUGCCACAGUAACAGAUACAGAAGACUACAGGGUGAAGGUUCAUUAUGACGGCUGGUCACAGCAGUUUGACGUCUGGUGUGACAGCGACCUCUGUGACCUUCAUCCUGUCGGCUGGUGUCAACGCACAGGACACCCACUGGAACCUCCCCCAGGUUCCUCCCCCCUCUCCUCUCCCUCUCAGGGUGUAUGUCCCACUCCAGGCUGCAGAGGAGUCGGACACAUCAAAGGAGCCAAAUACACCGGACACCACAGUGCCUUUGGCUGUCCAUACUCGGAUAUUAAUAUGCGUAAGGAGGUGGUGCUCCCUGAUAGGCUAGGAGGAGAGAGAGUGGUCACCCUCGUACCUGUCACCGUGCAUCAGUCAGACAGGAGAGGUAUUCAGCUGAAGACGGAGCCGAGAGACGAGACUCUGCUGCUUCCACUGGGGAAGAGAAGAAGACUGACAGACAGACUGUCUCAGCCAACCAAAUUCCUCUGUGUGAAACAGGAAGAGGAGGAGCUUCACCUGAGACCCCUGGGACCAGCAGAGUCCAGUCUGCAGGCUGCCCUCCACCAGUCUGUCUUCCUGUCGGCAAUGUCAGCGCAGCCCGGCCGAGACCUGUCGCUCUGCUGGGAGCAACACCGCAAACUGCUGCCAGGGGUCGCAGGGGUCCACGCCGAGACCGUCCAACACUGGAGUGUCCAACAGGUAUCAGAUUUCAUUGAGUCUCUCCCCGGAUGUGAGGAACAGGCGAAGCAGUUCAGAGAUGAGCAAAUUGAUGGGCGAGCCCUCCUCCUUCUCACCCAGCGGGACAUUGUGAGGAUUAUGUCAAUCAAACUUGGUCCUGCCCUCAAGAUUUACAACUCCAUCCUGAUGUUCAAACAUGCCGAGGACAGUAGCCAAUCAGACGCUGAGAAUAGGAGCCAAUUACAUUCUGAGGACAGUAACCAAUCACACACUGAGGACAGGAACAAAUCAAACCUUGAGGACAGGAGCAAAUCGCACGGUGAGGACACACGCCAAUCACACGAUGAGGACAGGAGCCAAUCACACACUGAGGACAGGAGCCAAUCACACGAUGAGGAUGGGAACCAAUCACAUGCUGAGGACAGGCAUGAGUCACAUGCCACUGACACCUGCAGCUCAUGACUGAGACAAUCCAGAAACACCUACUUGUAAACUCCACCCCCAUGUCAGAAGCCCCUCCCCCAAUCUAAGGGAAUGUUUUCCAUCCAAUCAUUAAUCAAAUUUAACUUUAUGAUGUCACAACAAUGAUCUCAGGUGUGUUUCUGUCUGCAUGUAGAAGUCAGUCGUGAUGUUCAUCAUGGAAAAAACUGAGAACUCCUGAGCUGAUGAGCUGAUGUUUUUCUGUGUUUGUCUUUCUUCAGAUGUAUUUUUAUAAACUUCUUUAUAUUCACAAGUGACUCUUAAUUCCUGUCAAUAAAACGACACAAGUACAUUAAUAAAAUGUCAGUGAAAGCAGGACGCAUGGACAGAUCCACAUUCACCAAAGAUUCUGCUUGUAAUUAUGAAAAAUUCAUAACUGCAAGAGAAGAUUUUGUCAAAUCAAAGAAGAAUAUUUCUUCUCAUGAUGUGAAAACACUGAUAACAUUUUGUAAUUUCACCAUUAUGAAAAAGAUCUUUGAUUUCAAGAUUUUCUAACCACUACAAACAAGAAAAUUAUGAGACAUUCUAUAACUGUGAUGAAAAGUUUUAAAAUGACAUAUUAAAAAAAAAAAGUAACAGUCUAUUAAUUUCCAUAAAAAGUGUCAAUUAAAAGCACACGAAUAUUUAUACAUAAAACAUAUAAGUGUCAUGAAUUCAGAUGUGAUAAUUUCUCUUUGGUGAAUAUUCUGUGACUAUCAAAGUUUGAUUUUGUUUUUAUGAAUUUCUGUGAAAUUACCACAGGAUGACAUCACACUGUGGCUCCGCCCCCACUGCAGUCUUUGAGGAUUUAAUAUUUCAGACCUGUCAGGUGAACUCCCCUUCAGGUUUUAACCAUAAACAGUGACGUGAUAAGUCCCGCCCCUUCUGCUGUGGUUGUACAUUAGUUUUAUAUUUAUAAUUUUAUUCUUGUGUUCUGAAGAGUAUCUAUUGUUAUCUACUGUAUCUAUAAAAGUCUAUUUUAAAGUUAAAUCAAAAAUCUAUAUUUGUAGUUUACUCAGACAGUCUGACAGGAAUUGGACACCUCCUCCUCUGGGAUGUCACUGCAAGGGGCGGGGCAUAUGUUUCCCUCAGGUUUCCACGGUAACAGCUGAUGAAUUUAAGCCUCCAGAUUGUUUUAAUGUUUUCAACAACCU